ACACCAAACGUUGCUCUUUCGCAACAGUCCAUUCUUUUAGCAGUAAAAACAACCGCCGCGCUCACGGCGACUACAACAAUCAAUAUGCGCGUCCUCUCCCUCUUUUCGCUCGCCGCUGCGGCCCUCCCCCUGGCCUCGGCCAUCCAGUUCACCUCGCCCGCCGGCAACUCGACCUUGAGCAAGGGCAACUCGUACAAGGUCAAAUGGGAUUCCGUCGACACGGAUCCUUCCACUUUCAGCAUUUACCUCGUCAACUUUGUCAACUGGCCCCCCUUUUACACCCAACUCGCCGGCGGUGUUUCCACCGAGUCUGGCGAGUAUGAGGUGACCGUUCCCUGCCUUGUUGACGCCUCCUGGGGCUACCAAUUCAAUGCCAUCAACGGCACCAACGUCUAUGUCAUCCACGCUCAGACCCCCAAGUUCUACGUUGGCGAGGGUUCCUGCGAUGAGCCCGAGGAGGAGGUCCCCAUUCCCGUGAUCACCGACUCCCUCCAGCAGACCACCUGCGAGGCCUACACCGUGACCGCCACCCCCGAGCCCACCUGCGAUAACUCCGUCUCUACUGUCACUGCCACCGUCACUGCCACUGUCACCGUCGGUAAGGAUGCCCCCGCGGCCCCUGCCACCACCGCUCCUGCCACCCUUCAAUACACCCCCGGCUUCCAGUCGGCUGUACAGAGGGUCUACUCGAGCCAGUUUAUGUUGACCUUCUCUGAGGUUCAUUGGACUCUGGCGAGGUGCGUGUGCUAA